CGCAACUUCCUGUAUUGCUGCUUCUUUUGUCUCUUCCCUUGCCUGGGUGUCAGUACGCCGCUGGCUUAUUUAUUUAUUUGUGUCUAAUUUCUUUUUGUAUUGUUUGAGGAUUCUUUUUAUGUCCAUUGUUUUCUACGGCUAUUGAAUGACAUUCGAGCCUGAUACAUAUAUGCCUAAAAGUAAAGCGCCAAAAAUGGAUGACCUGGACUACAUCCCGGGGGACCUGAGCCCGGAGGAGCGCUCCGAGCUGGAGGACAUUCGGAGGAGGAAGGGGGCCCUGCUGCUGGAGAUCAAGAGGCUGAGAGAGGAGCUGAGGGAGGCCAUCAUCGAGGUGGAGGGACUGGAGACCAGCACGGAGGGCAGCAAAACACUACAAAAAAGUAGGCAUGUAGCCAUGGGAAGAAAGAAGUUUAACAUGGACCCCAAAAAGGGCAUCAUAUUCUUGGUGGAGAAUGAGCUGCUCCGAAACACUGCCGAGGACAUCGCUCAGUUCCUGUACAAAGGGGAAGGGCUCAACAAGACUGCGAUUGGGGACUACCUGGGAGAGAGAGAUGAAUUCAAUAUCAAAGUUCUGCAGGCGUUUGUCGAUCUUCAUGAAUUUACUGAUCUGAACUUGGUACAGGCCCUCCGGCAGUUCCUGUGGAGUUUCCGUCUUCCUGGUGAGGCCCAGAAGAUUGACAGGAUGAUGGAGGCCUUUGCACAGAGAUACUGUCACUGUAACCCUGGAGUCUUCCAAAGCACAGACACAUGCUACGUGCUCUCCUUUGCAAUCAUCAUGCUGAACACCAGUCUGCACAAUCCCAAUGUGAGGGACAAGCCAGGGGUGGACAGGUUCAUCUCCAUGAACCGAGGGAUCAACGAGGGAGGAGACCUCCCAGAGGAGCUGCUGCGAAAUCUUUACGAGAGCAUCAAAAACGAGCCCUUCAAAAUCCCGGAGGAUGACGGCAAUGACCUGACGCACACCUUCUUCAACCCAGACAGAGAGGGCUGGCUUCUUAAACUGGGAGGACGGGUAAAAACCUGGAAGCGCAGGUGGUUUAUCCUGACAGAUAACUGUCUGUAUUAUUUUGAAUACACCACGGACAAGGAGCCUAGAGGGAUCAUUCCUUUAGAAAACCUGAGCAUUCGAGAGGUGGAAGACCCCAGAAAACCCAACUGCUUUGAGCUGUACAUCCCCAACAACCGAGGGCAGCUGAUCAAGGCCUGCAAGACGGAGGCGGACGGCCGAGUGGUGGAGGGGAACCACAUGGUGUACCGCAUCUCCGCCCCCACCCCGGAGGAGAAGGACGAGUGGAUACACAGCAUCAACUCUGCUGUGAGCGUGGACCCCUUCUAUGAAAUGCUUGCGGCUCGGAAGAAGCGCAUCUCCCUAAAGAAGAAAGAGGAGCAACCCUAAGUCACUUCAUGUCCCAGUUCCUCCCUCCCCUUCUCUCUCAUUCCAUUAUGGGGAAAAAAAAGACUAUUACAGUUUCCCAGCCCCAAAACCCAUCCCUCUCCCUACACCCAGGUAUUUUUUUUUUCUUUUCGAAUUUACAGGACUUUUUGCUACCCUGUUAAAGAUUGUAUACUAGUAGACAAUGCACAAUUCAAAGUGAUCAUUUCCCAUCCACUACUACCUGUGCAGUUCAUCGGUACACUACUGUCAUCUGAGUACUCUUUACACUACAAAUGACAACUCAGCUGUACUCAGACUGUCUCUGUCUCUUUUCUCUCGUGUCAACCCAGUUAAUGUUCUUGCACCACUCUCACACUAUAUAAACUGUGAAAAAAAAAGAAAUUUAAGGGGUAGCAAAGAGACCGACUGUCUUCUUAUACCACAAUCAUUUACUUUACUACUGUAUGUUCUGUGCUUGGCAUAAGGUUAGUACGUCUACAUCGGCAUUAUUAAAGUUACAGUGCUUUAGUAUUAUAGCCUAUUAUGGAUGGAAACACUUGGUCAUUGCUUUUUCAGUUUCUUGUAGUUCAUACAGAAAAAACAAUUGGGCUUAUAGACACUCAUCUACUUAAAUGAUGAACACUGUAAUUAUCAAAGUCUUAAUGGACUGGAAAAAAAGCCUAAAAUUUGGCAAGUGUUAAUUUAUAUAUUGUAAAGAACUAAUUACAAAAGGGCAGGCAGUGUAUGUGAUUUCAGCAUUCAACAUUUGGUAGAAAUGGUGUUGGUUGGGGGAAAAAAAGAAUCUGCCAAGCAAGAGCAUGUUCAUGGCACAACAGUGAUACUGAUGUGGCUUCACAUUGGGUCUCAUUGGGUUUGGCAAACAAAGGCAGAUAUUUAAGCUGGUGAUUCUGUCAUUUUCUGAGAUACUUGACAAGCUGUGUUCAGCUUAAAGGAGAAUUGGAAACAAUCCUCCAUUGUAUCUUGAAACUGAAAUAACAGCAUUGGUCUCUUGUUUCCUGUAUUAGACUCUAAAAUCUGCCUGCAUACAGAAACUAACUGAAGUUAAACCCAAGUUCGAUGUUGUAGUGGGUUUAAAGAAGAAAUGAAAA